AUGAGUCAAGCUGGUGAUCACGAGUCAAUGCAAUUUUCCAGAAUGACUACGGCACGCACUUAUAAGGAUGCAAUCAAUGCACUCAAUUCCUUACAAUCCAAUUUUGCAUCAAUCGAAGCCAUGAAGAAACUCGGACCCAAUGUAAACAGAAACGAGUUAUCUAUCAAUGAAGUGCGAGAAUUCACUAGACGAAUGGGAUACCACCCACUGGACUUUAAUAAACUAAAUAUUAUACACGUCACUGGUACAAAGGGUAAAGGAUCAACAUCUGCUUUUACCGAAAGUAUCUUGCGACAAUAUCAACCCAACCCUAUUAGCAAAUUAGGCUUGUACACAUCACCGCAUUUAAAGUCAGUUCGCGAGAGAAUAAGAAUCAAUGGAAAGCCAAUAGAACAGGAAUUGUUUACCAAGUACUUUUUUGAAGUGUGGGAUAGAUUAUCAACUACUACUUCAGACCCCGAGCAAUGGCCCUCACUACAACCAUGCGAUGUCGUCAAACCCAUGUAUUUCAAGUACUUGACAGUAUUGUCAUACCACGUGUUUCUAAGGGAAGGUGUCAACACAGCAAUUUAUGAAGUUGGAGUUGGUGGAACUUAUGAUUCAACAAACAUUGUGGAAAAGCCAACAGUGACCGCCAUCACCGCAUUGGGUAUUGACCACACUUUUAUGUUGGGUAACACAAUUGAAAGUAUAACAGAGAACAAGACUGGUAUUUUCAAACCUGGCACUCCAUCUUUUGUUAGUGUGCAAACGGAGUACCCACAAACUCACGAAUUGAUUGAAAAGAGGGCAAAACAGUUGAGUUCAUCGUCAUUGACAUUUGUUGGUCAAGAUGAACUACCAGAAAAAGUAGAAUUGGGACUAUCGGGAGAUUUCCAAAGAGCAAACGCAUCAUUGGCAGUUUGCAUUGCUGACUCUCAUCUCCAAACUCUUGGAUUGGAGAGCCAAGUAGAAUAUGACGGGAAAAACAAGAUCAAGUCUUUACCUCCUAAAUUCUUGAAAGGAUUAAAAGAAGUUGAUUGGCCCGGUAGAUGCCAAGUCAUUAAAAACAGACCAGAGAAUAUUACAUGGUAUGUCGAUGGGGCACACACAUUGGAGUCCAUCAAUGCUUCUUCAACAUGGUUUAAAAACGAGCAACUUAAACAGAACGAAUGCAAAGAACAACAAUACAGAAAAAAAAGAGUACUUUUAUUUAACCAACAAGGUCGAGAUAAUUGUGAAGAGCUUUUGGAAAAAUUGUAUAAUGUUGUUUGCCAACAAGAGCCUUCCAUUAAAUUCGACCAAGUCAUUUUUACAACAAACACCACUUGGUCCUCUGGAGAAUACAACUCAGAGUUAAUUUCUAAAAACACAUCUGAGGACUCUGUAAAAAAACUCGAAAUUCAAAAUUUGUUUAGUAACAAAUGGCAAAAAUUGGACGGCGGAAGUUCGCAAAGAUUCAUCUUUUCCGAUAUAGAAUCAGCUAUAAACCACUUGAAGUCAGAUGUUGCGAUGGGAUCAAAUCAAAGCAUGGACGUAUUUGUAUGCGGCUCUCUCCACCUUGUUGGAGGAUUCUUGGUGGUAUUAGACAAUGAGAGAGACUAG